GGAUUUACCGCUGUGUUCGUAAAGGAAAUACGUCACAGGGUUUUCUCGUUUAUUGGUUCACUUUUAUAGUGACUCCUUUACCUAAUGCAUUAAAGUUCAGAUAAUGUUACACAAUCAAAAUGGUCAGAGUAUGUACAAUCGUCAGUCGUUGCAGCCAGAGAAAGAAUACGGUUACCCCGGUGUUUCUGGUCAGCACGUUUAUGGUGCUUCUAACUCAAAUGUGACAGAUACUUACCCGCAAGGUCAUCCUAACAGCAGCUUCCAGCCACCACCUAACUACUAUUCUGGAAAUCAAGGACAGACUUUCCAACCACAAUCUCAGCCUCCAUAUUAUUCCGCUCAGUCAAUACAGAGUGUGAAUCAACCACCGUUGCCACCCAUGCCUCCUAUCCCAAACCAUCAGGAUUUUGUUCAACGUCCUCAGCAGCCGCGUCUUCCUCCAAUGCCACCAAUGCCUCCUGGACAUGAGGGAGUUCCACCACCCAGUUAUCGACAACCUCAACCUCCAGGUCCGUUUCCAUUGCCAAAUGGUGCUAACACCCAGAUAAAUACAUUACAUUCUCAACAGGCAUAUCAAAACGGUCCAGUAUCCAGACAACCACAGUUCUCUCAAAGUAUAAAUGCAGAUAGAUUACCCAGUCCUAUCGAGGUUAUUGAGAGCAAUCGGGCUCAGUGUACUGGACCUUUUUAUACAGGACAACGAGGUGUUGUGCCUCCUCUAGUCACAACUGACUUUAUAUCACGUGACCAGGGUACAUGUGCACCUUGUUUCAUUCGAUCUUCACUAUACUCUGUUCCGAAUUCAUCAGAUCUCCUUAAAACUGUUGGGAUCCCGUUUUCACUUACAAUAUCUCCAUUUGCAGUACAACAUACAGAAGAUAUGAAUGUUGUGAUAAGUGAUAUGGGUCCACAAGGUCCAGUUCGAUGUGUUCGAUGUAAAGCCUACAUGAAUCCCUUCAUGAAUUUUAUUGACGGUGGUCGAAGGUUCCAAUGUCCACUUUGUAAUGGUUUAACUGAAGUUGCCGCUGAAUAUUUUGCUCAUUUAGAUCAUACUGGACGUCGAGUUGAUGCAGGUCAAAGACCUGAACUAUGUUUAGGCAGUUACGAAUUAUUAGCAACAGCGGAAUAUUGCAAAAACAACCAAUUACCUUUACCUCCAGCCAUCAUAUUUCUACUCGAUGUUUCCCAAUCUGCUAUACGUUCAGGUUUAGUACAGCUAUUCUGUUCCCAGUUUGUAGAACGUAUUCUACCAAAUUUACCUAGGGAAAAAUUUACAUCACCAGAUAUGGUUAAUCCAAUUCGAUUGGGAUUUAUUACAUAUGAUCAUCAACUUCACUUCUAUACUGUACCUCGUGAGUCGUCGUCAUCUGCUCAACAAACAUCUGAAUCUACAGAUCAGAACACUUAUAACUCUUAUGGUAAACCUCAAAUGUAUAUUGUAGCGGAUAUUGAAGAUGUGUUUGUGCCUACAGUUGAAGGUUUCUUGAUACCACCUGAUCCUGCUAUCAUUUCUAGUAUUUUAGAAAUGAUACCUACUCAAUUUUGUACAGAGAAUGCUUUAAACAGACAACCUACAGAUAGUGUAUUAGGCCCAGCUAUCCAAUCCGGAAUGGAAGCUUUACGUGCUGCAAAUCGUUCUGGAAAAUUAUUUGUCAUACAUACUAAUCUACCGAUUGGUGAAGCACCGGGUAAAUUGAAAAAUCGAGAUGAUCGUCGUCUUAUAGGAACUGAAAAAGAAAAGACUUUACUUCUUCCAGAUAAUGAUUUUUAUGUUGGACUUGGUCAAACAUGCGUAGAAGUUGGUUGCAGUGUAGAUCUUUUUCUUUUCCCUAAUUCAUUUGUUGAUAUUGCUUCUUUAGCCGAAGUGCCCAGAUUGACAUCUGGUCAUUUAUUCAAAUAUAACUGUUUCCAGGCUGAUUUACAAGGUCAUCAGUUUAUAGCCGAUCUUCAACGUACUUUGACCAACCUACAAGCUUUCAACGCUGUUAUGCGUGUUCGAACAAGUACUGGUAUUAGACCUGUUGAAUUCUUUGGUAAUUGUUACCUACCUAAUACAACUGAUGUUGAGUUGGCUAGUGUUAGUUCAGAUAUGGCAAUCACUGCAGAAUUACGUCAUGAUGAUAAACUUCAAGAAGGUGAACACGUAUUCAUUCAAGUUGCAUGUCUUUAUACUUCAAUAUCUGGACAACGAAGGCUACGUAUUCAUAAUCUGUCAAUUCCAGUGACAAGUAUGAUACCUGAUGUAUUUCGUCUUGUCGAAUUAGAUGCACAUAUGAAUUGGUUGAGUAAAUAUUCAAUGCGUUCUCUACUCAACCGUACACAUUCACAAGUAAUGGAUGAUUUAACGACAAGAGCUGCUAACACAUUGGCUGCUUAUCGUCGUCAUUGUGCUUGCGGUCCGAAUGAUGUAAAUUCGAAUCCUAGUGAAUUAGUAUUACCACAAAAUAUGAAAGUAUUUCCUCUGUACAUACAAUGUCUUAUGAAAACUGAAGCUUUUAGUCCUGCUGACGGUAUCACAAUUGAUGAUCGUUGUUGGCAAAUGUUUUUGGUCAAUCAAAUGGACGUUAAACAAUCCAAUUGUUAUAUUUAUCCUCAUUUGUAUCCUAUUCAUGAUCUUUCACUGAAUUUCGAAGGUGAUAUCCAUUAUCCUCCAGCUGCUAUACGCUGUUCAUAUGAUCGUUUACAAAUGGAUGCAGCUUAUUUAUUGGAUAAUGGAAUUUAUCUUAUCAUGUGGAUUGGUCCAAAUAUUUCGUCAGAAUGGAUUCAAGCAGUAUUCAAUGUUCAAAAUCCUGAACAUUUUGAAUCAGAAAAAAUCUAUGACUUGUGUAAUUUUGAUAACGAAAUCUCACGUAAUCUGUGCACAUUGCUGAAAAAGGUUCGUAAAAAUCGUUGGCAUUAUUCUCGGGUAAGUGGGAACUUUCUGUAUGUCUAAUUCUUGUUUGAACAAAUAAAUGACGUCCAUUGUGAAUGUAUAUAUUCUGUUCAGUUGAGUACUCAAACUAUAGUCAAUGAUCAUAUUAAUUUAUAAGUUUUAAUGCAGGUUAAUAUUUUCCAUUUUCAAGAUAUUCACUACUUUAUAUCAUCUAUAAAAUUCUUUAAUAUGGUAGUCAGGCUAAUCAGCUGCCUCUUCAUAGUGUUAUGGACAGAUGAUGUUCGUGAAUUCAGUCAAUCAACAAUAUUAUUGAGUAGAUGAAGAUUAUCUGGUUAUAAAGAUAACAGGAUAGGCGUGGUGUAUACAUUUAAAAAUACCAGAUGACAUGGCGUAAAGAAGUCGUAAUGAUGAAGCUGAACUUAUUAUUUCUUUAUCUUGUAAAUAUUAAAUAUCAUUCUUAAUUUUCCUUUCCUGAAUUUCACUUGUUACGUUUUGAACUUAAUUUUCCAUGUUUUAGUCACGAAUAUGAUGAACUUAAAUGUUUUUAAGGUAUAUGGAUGAUUGUUACUUCUCUGUUUUCUAGAAAGGAAACUGUAUACGCAGUACGUUUAAAAACCUGGGAGCAUGACUGCAUUACGUGAAGGGUAAUUGCUUGGAACUGGUCACAUAUAACUUUCUUGUGAAUAGUUCUUAAUGUGUUAGCUUAGUAUUUCAAAGGCUCUACCACUGGCGAUGGAAAUCUAUGGGAAAAUAUGAGGUGUUCAUGUUUUAGAGACUUAGAUUUUCUAAUAUGAAAUUUAACUUUGUCAUUGAAUAUCAAACAAUUUUAUAUACGUGUAUUUAUUAAUUUGGUUAAUAAAAUGACUAUAUUAAUAGGUAGUUAUUUGUAUGGUAGAUAUUCACUAACUAACUGAAGCAUCAGUUUGCAUGUGGAACCAUCAUGUUCGUUUCUAAGUGUCGAUGAUUUUUAGAUUAAAAAUACUUCAACUUUUUCAAUCAAUAUUUUAGUGGCCCGUUGAUCUGACUCCUAUUUAGAUCGUAUGGAUGUUUGCUAUCGCCUAUUCUCGUAUAUCAGCCUCGACUUUAAUCACGUUAGCCAAUAACGGAAUUAAAUAAGUCAAACAACGAGAAUGGGAUUUUGAAUACAUAUAUUUUGUAUAUAAGGUGAAUGGAAUAGCAGGAAGAGAAGCGAUGCAAAGUGGAGAUGGCUGGUAAGCCAACUCACUUUUAGUCAGGCGUUAGCCAAUAUUUAUAGGCAGACAAAAAUAAGCUACAGACAUGUGAUGAGACAUGGGAUAAGAACUGUACACACAUAUACGCUCAUAUAAAAACAAUGAAGACUGGUAAGCGAAUAACUAACAUGGUCAACAUAUGACUCAAGUAGAAUGAAUAGAUUGGUCUGUCCGAAAUCUAGAAUAAGAUAUAUGGGCUUAAAAUAAUAACUGACACUACCAUAUCAAUUCACAUAUUCUAACCUUCUACUUCACUUAAUCUAAUUUUAAGCCUUUGAAUUUGGAUCGUACAACCUUUUUACGAAUGAAUAUAGUUGUGAAAAUCUUAACUACAUAAACUUGAUAAAGAUGUAUCCGAUGUAAUCAUAUUAUAUUGAUAAUACUAAAGAUGAUCUUGAAGCGCUAAGAAUAGCAAAUAUUAAAAUGAAGUCUUUUUGAUUUGCAAAUAUUCCAAAUGGCUGGUGAGAUGAUGAUUCUCUGAGGCAAUCAUUUAAAAAAUAGCUUAAAUGAUGCCUUUUCUCCCCUUUAGCUAUUUGUACAACAAUAAAAGACUGUUAUUUGUAGUGUAUUGAUUAGGGAGUUCUUUUUUUUAGAAAGGGAAAAUAGUAAAAUUGUUCAUAAAAUAUGUUUUUGAUAAUUGACAUUAUAUUCAAGAAGUAUUCACCGUGUAUUCAUAUUAGUCUACUUUCAUUUCACAUCAUUUUUACUGCACAGUUCAACAAAAUGCAUUUUCUCAUUGAGAUCAUGAAUCGAAAGUAUUAGAAGCCCAUUUCGUCCUAGCAUGGAACUCCUCAACAGUGCUCAUACACGAUCCUGCACACGGGAUUUGAUUCUAGGCUCUUCGAUCUCACGCGCGAAUGUGAGGGUUUUGUGAAUAUGUUUAAAUUUUGUUAUUGUUAUGAUAUAUGAACCUGACCUUAGUUAAAUCACAACCAUUGAAAAUCAGGAAGAAAUGCUGCUAAUUGAUUUGAAGUUAAACAUAUGUUAUUAGAUGGUAACCUUGUAAUCUGAUGGUCAAACACACUGUUGAACCUGAAAGUCGUGGGUUCUGUCUUAUGUAUUGUCAUGGGGAUGGACAAUACUAAGGGGGUCACAUGUUAAAAUAUAAAACAGAUAUUUUUCAACGGUUGUUUAAGUUGAGUCUAUGAUAUGGACUAUUAAAUCAAAACAUUGUGUUUUGUGAUUCGGAGUAAUUUUCUGCUCUACAAUACUGUGCGGUAUUGCCGUUAGGAAUUCACAUGAGAACUAAUAGCCAUCGUUACCUUUUGUAUUGUCAUUGGUUAGGCGGUACAAUUUCAUUUAACUAUAUCGUAUCUGUCUACCAAAAUUGUAUGAUGCAUUAUUAGAUGUCAAAUGUAUGAUUUUCUGUUUUUUUUCUAAAUGGUAUAUAUCUCUUUUCUCUAUUCUUCUUGGUGUACUUUUUGUUGUAGUUAUUGGUUGUACGUCCUGGAGAUAAAAGCGAACUAUGGUUUCGACGUUUCAUGGUCGAGGAUCGAUGCAGUGGUAAUUCGAUUUCAUACACAGAAUAUCUAUGUCAUAUUCAUAAAGAAGUAUCCAGUUUACUACAUUGAUAUUAUUGAUGAUAAUAUGAACACUAUCGAUAUGGGUUGAUGCUUAGAUUAUUGGUCUAGUUUAAUCCCUUACUUUGGUUUUGUUUAUUCAAAACAAACACUCUCCUAGUAUUUGCAGCAUGAAAUUCGUCGAAUGCCUUACUCUUUUCUUAUGUACUCUUGUUGCUGGAGUGCAACUUUUUUUUUAAAAAAAUACCCAUUUAUAUUUACAUCAAUCUCAAUCUGGUAUUUAUUCUUGCGAAUUCCUUUGAAGUGUGUUAUGACUAGUGCUUCCUUGAAAUAUUUCAACAAUUUCUGGCAUAUAUAUUAGGGUAAUGCAUCAUGUCUGUGUUUGUAUGUGUAUGACUACUAUUCACAAACAAUAUAAACCAUACUACAUAUGAAGGUAGGUAUAGAUUUUAUGUAUGAAAAGAAAGUAGCUAGACGGGGCCAAGUUAUGAGCAUACACACACGGUGUUUGUAUUUUCUUUGUUACUGUUCUCAGUUUGUCAUCAUCACCACAUUGGUUUCACGGUUUGUUACUUUUUGCUUCAUUUGCUUUCUUUCUUCAUUAAUUCAAUAUGAUCCUAUCAUUUUAGAUGAAUAAUAAAAAACACAACCUAUUUUGAUUCUUUGAAUUACAUCAAGUAGUGUUAUUUUGCGUUUAUGCACACGGUAGCGCAUAUCCAGCUCAACCGUUGUUAACAAAAGAUCAUCACCAUAACUAUAAGCAAUAGGGAUUCAUUCAUCCUUUCUCUCCUUCUAUGCCUUGUUCUCCAUCUCCUUCUCCCUUUCUUUUUGUUUUCUGUUCACUGUGGACAACGGCAAUAAGUUUUAUGUCGCUUAAAAUAUGCCAAAAAUGGUACUUGUUUUUGUGAUUGUGAGUAGUGGUGAAUUUUGUUGAUUUCUUUUUACUACUAUUGAGGAGAAUCCAUCAGCUUACUUUUACCCUGCCCACCCCUUAUCCUGAAACUAAUGUAAUUUGUAUUUUGAAUUGUGAUGUUGUAUUCAGGCUUUGUUUUGUUUUGUUUCGCUUAUUAAUUAGAUACGUUGAGAAUAAUGUAUUUGUAUGUUCUACUUUUGUUGUUGGUUGUAAUUCUUUUGUGAUAAUAAUUUUCUGACUUCUCUCUGUGUGUGUGUGUUUGUGGAGAAUGACAUUGACAAAAUGAUCUUUGAAAAGAGAACUAUUGACUUAUUGAUAGCUUUGAUUAAAUUAUAUUAAUGUUACAUAUUAUUUCCCCGGAUUUUUUUCUUAAAGGUUUCCCGCAUAUUUUGAACUUAUCAUGAGUUUUUCUUCUUAUGUUCCAAUCCUAAGGAUUAUCGGGAUGUUUGCUUUAAUUAAUAUACGUUUUUAUGAAUAACUUAUUCAACAUUUAAUCUAAUCUGAUGUUAUGCUUAAUGGUGAUGAAGGUUUAC